AUGAUGAGCCAGUACAGUAUGGCACAGCAAGACCAUGCUUACAAGACCACAAUGUCCAACAGCCCUUGGAACCCAACUCGCAAUUCCUUCACUGAUCCUUCGGUACAUGGAGGCUUCGACAAUGGCUUUUACUCAUCACAAAGUGUCAACUACUCUGCCAGCAACUAUAACUUAGCUGGCGGUCUACCUAUCGGUACCAAUGGUCACAUAUCACGCACUGAGUCGGCCUAUGCCGCCGCUCCCUCCUUCGGUGCCCGUCCUCCAUCAGGAUCUUACGGCAAGCCCGUUGGACAUGGCUCAUACAAGGCACCGACCUCUCAGUCUUGGGAGAACCAUGAUCGAUACUCGCCUACCGACUCGGUGGACGAUAUCAUCGCAUCGCCCAACCUGUCUGACUACUCUCUGGAGAAUGGUAUGAACAGUGCUGCCCCCGGAGGAAAGACAAAGUCCACUGGCAAGGGUCGCUCACAAAGACGACCAUCAAACCGUGACGAAUUCGACGGUCCUCAUCAAUUCUUGCAGCGACCGCCCCCGGAUGUUAUUGCCAUGCAGGAGCGAGAACUUCCUCACUUACCCACGAACCUUCAUGUUCAGGAGCAGGACAAUGUCUUAAGCCAAGUCAAUGAUCGACUUUCGCAAUGCGCCUACGACUUUGUGGCCAAGUACCAGUUUCCAAUCCCUUUGACUCAGGACAUGCGACCUGUUGAGCGACCACAGGAUCGAGAAUGGACCGAGUGGGUUUAUCUUCUCAAGCGACUAGCGACGAAGCGACGGAUCCCAGCGCGAGUUCUUUACAAUGGACAGAUCAAGCAGUUCGUUACGAUUCUGGAGAAUUCCCUUGAGAUGCGACAUGCUGCGAAGCACCAAAGUCGCCCUCUCAAGGACGACCGCAACAUUCUUCAGCUGAUCUCGGCCGGUAUUCAGGUGGCCAAAAUCUUGAAGGAUGCCUCGGCUAUGGACUACCUAGACCGACUAUACGUUUCUACAGACAAGCAGAUCCAGGAUCGUGCCGCCACGCGGUACCGAGCUUAA